GUGUCAAUAAAUACUCACCAAUGCCCUUAACGUUAUUCUAGCAAACUUACUGCUCCCUCCCCAUCUUCGUCCAUUCCAACUUGACAUGACCUCCCCAUAUGAGAUUGCACUGCGUCUUCAGACUGUCAAGUAUUUUAAGAGUAUGUAACACAUAACUCCUCUGAUACUGUCACCUUACCGACAUGCAAUUAUGAAAGUGGUAGGCUUGGCGGUCUUGGUCUUUGACUAUUGUAUCAAACUAGAAGCCGAGAUCAGCCUCACUUGGGGGAGGAAGUGGGAUUUUAUUCGGAUCCUUUUCGUGGUGGCUCGAUACACACCUUUUGUUGACGUCCCAGUGGACUUGAUUUAUUCCCUUGGACCCACAUCAUCACACGUUUGUUUAUCGCUCUACCAAGUCAUCUCGUGGUUUAACGUGUUUGGCACCAUCGCUGCAGAAUCACUCCUUCUUGUUAGGACGUACACGUUAUGGGGAAAAAACAGAAUGUUGCUUAUUUCCCUACUACUUCUUGCGCUGGGCUGCAUCGCAGGAUCUGCGGUAGUCGGUGCCGAGGCUUUAUCCUGGUUCGAUUACCAGGAUCCCCCACUAGGAACUUCUGGUUGUUAUCAAAGUCAAAGAAUUGCAAUAUACGCAGUUAACUAUGCCCUACUGGUCCUUUUUGAGACAGUCAUAUUAUGCCUCAAUGUUUUUCAAGCCUGGCGUCGCCGAAAACAACAAUCGAACCAUCUCAUUAUGCGUCUGUACUGGGAUGGUAUAUUUUAUGUUCUAUGUAUACUAGCAAUGUCAUUGGUCAACAUCAUAGUUAUAGGUUUCCUUCCGUCCGAAUAUGCAGAGACGCUCGACACACUCCAGUUGGUGUUUCACAGCGUUUUAUCCUCCCGCCUUCUUUUCAACUUACGAGCCAUCAUAAAACAACGACACGAGCAAGCCAUCUUAGUCAUGGGAAUGAACUCAGAUGGAUCCGAUGUUCCUUUGCGCUAAAUACCUUAACUCAUACAAUCUACUUAUUUAUGCAAAAUCGGCUGAGAGCAACACGAGUACAAUUGACAUGUCUCCAUCAAGGCGCUUGCAAAA